AUGAGAGGCAUCACAGUCGACCCUACUUGUAAAAGAUGCGGAGUGACUGAAGAUGAGCUCCACAUUCUUCUGCUCUGCCCGUUUGCAGCGCGAGUUUGGGACAGAACCCCCGUACUUCACAAACCAACGGCCCCAGAUCAACUUACACUUCCGCAGCUCCUGCAAAGCUGUUGUAGUAUGAUCAACCUGCCUCCCACUGGUCUGGCCUCCACCCCUCUUUAUCCGUGGGUAUUCUGGAACCUCUGGACUUGCCGUAACCAGCUGCUAUUUGAGGAUAAAUCCUACACAUCAGAAGAGGUGGCUGACAAGGCUUUUUCGGACGCUAAAGCCUGGCACUCGGCGCAGGAAAUGGUGGCGCAGCACAAAGUUGAAAGCUCAGGACCUCGUCCUUGCCCCCCUAAAGCCAACACCAAGCCUUUGUUUUGCUUUGUAGAUGCGGCCUGGGAUGAAAAGACAGGCGGGAGUGGCCUAGGUUGGGUCCUAAAAGACAGCUCGGACAUCACCCUAUUUCAAAAUUCUGGGAGUCAACAAUAUGUUAGCUCAGCACUUGUUGCAGAAGGGUUAGCUCUCAAAGCUGCGAUUACUGAUGCAGCGUCUUCAGAUAUAACUGAGCUGAGUUGUUACUCGGACUCAAAAAACCUUAUAGCUCUUAUCAAUGGAAAUGGCAACUCCGUUGAACUUCGAAGCAUCCUCCAUGACAUCCGCGUGUUGAGUCGAGCCUUCUCUUUUAUCAGUUUUUCCUUUAUUCAUCGGUUGAACAAUGCCGCAGCUGACUUUGUAGCUAAGGCAGCUUUAGCUUGUACCAUGAGCUCUCCCAUAGUGGAAGUGUAA